AUGGAUGCCAUGAGCCAUGCCUUAAGGAAGGUUGUCUGGUCACCAUUUUCAGUUGAUAUUGAAUGGGCCCCAAUGGCAGAUAGGUUCACCCGACCGCCUUUUAAUUCCUACGAGAGGAAAACUGACCCCGUGGAGCACGUCAGCCAUUAUAUCCAGAUGAUGUCUCUACACGCCCACAACGAUGCGCUGAUGUGCAAGGUGUUUCCCUCAAGCCUUGGACCCACAGCACUAAGAUGGUUUAAUGGGCUACGUAAGGGUUCUGUCCACAAUUUUGCCAAGCUAAUCCAGGAGUUCGGCGCACGGUUUAUAACCUGCAACCGGGUACCGCAAUCGGUAGAUGCAUUGCUUUCUAUGAAAAUGAGGGUGGGGGAAACCCUUUGCAAUUAUGCCAGCCAGUAUUGGGAAUUUUAUAACGAGAUAGGUGGGGGCAAUGAAAAGAUUGUAGCAAGCACCUUUAGAAUGGGACUCCCCAAGGACUCCGGAUUACGAGAAUCUUUGACUAAGAAGCCUCCUAAGGGUAUGAGGCAGCUAAUGAGGUGUAUCGAGAAGUACAAGCGUCUCGAAGAUGAUUGGCUAGAAAGUAAGGGUAAGGCCCCACUAGCGAACCGCCCUCAGCAAUCCGGAUUUCAACCAAGAGCCUAG